AGCCAUUGUCCAGAGAAGGGAUGAGGGCAUCUGCAGCCUGUCCUGGGAGAUUUCCCUGCUCAGUGAGAGGGGAGGAGAGAAGGGGCAGCAGCCGCUGAGCCAACCCCUGCAGGGUGCUGGGAGCACUGGGGGCAGUGGCUGACUCGGGUAGGAGAAGAGCCGUUUACUGUCUGAUCGCUAAUGAGGUCACAGCAGGGCUGCUAGACACAGGGCUGAUGGGACGGACCAGGCCUGUCUCUUGGACUGAUGUGGCCGCGUCAUGUAUUCAGAGGCUGCAGAAUCUCAGCUUUCGCAUUUUUUAAACAGGGAGGACAGGAUGUUUCAGAAGCCGGAGCUGGAGUUUGCGGAGCUGGAGAAGAGACUCAGCGAUUUCUCUCUGAAAAGUGCCAUGCUGCAGGAGGUGCUGCUGGGAUUCAAAGAGAUGCUGUGACUGGAGCUGUGGAGCAACACAGAGCUAGAAUUAUUGAAAGGCGUUGCACUGGAGAGUAAAGGCACAGAGGCAGUGGCUUGUGGGGAACAGGCCAGCGAGACUGAAACCCCUGCAGUGGUUAGUAGAGACGGGGACGAGGCAGAAAGUUUGGAUCCAAACCGGCAUUCAGUGCUGUCAGCGAUCGCAGGAGAGCAAAGGAACCUAGGGAUUGUUGGUUACUAAGUCUCCCAGGCAGAGGGAGGAGAGAGGGUGGCAGAGUAACACCCACCUUUGGCUCCAGAUUGUCCCAGCUUCCCACAGGACAGGGAAGGGAACUGGCUGUAGUGGAGCCAGUCCAGGGGCCGGUGACCUUCGAGGAGGUGGCUGUGUAUUUCACCAGGGAUGAGUGGGCUCUGCUGGAUCCCCGUCAAAGAGCCCUCUGCAGAGACGUCAUACAGGAGAACUAUGAGAAUGUGACCUCGCUGGCAGGUGAUGCAAUGGUAUGUGACAAAGAGGAGCAGAAUUCUCAGAAGGAAAACGUUGAGCAAGUGGAUAAACACAGAGCAUUAUCGCAUAGAUCAAAAAGGAAUGUGUCCAGGAAUCAUGAGCAGGAAAACUCCUGUGAGAUUCAGCACAGUCCAGAAAGAGAGCUGGGAAACCAUCCAGGGGAGAAAAUGGGUAAAUGUAUUUCCUGUCGGGGAACUCAGAAGGACCUCAAGGAAACCACAACACAGCAGGAAAUCCUCAUGGGAAAGAGAAAAAAUACAUGCACUGAGGGUGGAAAAAAUUUAUGUGACUCCUCAGUCCUUAUAAAGCAUCAGAGAAUCCCCACAGGUGAGAGGCCCUUUGAAUGCAGUGAGUGUGGGAAAAGCUUCAGUUGCAGCUCGCACCUUAUUAGGCAUCAGAGAAUCCACACAGGAGAGCGCCCCUAUGCAUGCAGUGAGUGUGGGAAAUGCUUUGCUAAGAGCUCAGCCCUUUCUGAACAUCAGAGAAUCCACACAGGGGAGAGACCCUAUGAAUGCAGUGAGUGUGGGAAAAACUUCACUCACAGUUCAGGCUUUUUUCACCAUCAGAGAAUCCACACAGGGGAGAGGCCCUAUGAAUGCAGUAAUUGUGGGAAAAGCUUCAAUCGCAGUUCGAACCUUAUCAGGCAUCAGAGAAUACACACAGGAGAGAGGCCCUACAAAUGCAAUGAGUGUAGGAAAAGCUUCACUAGCAGCUCAGCCCUUUCUGAACAUCAGAGAAUCCACACAGGGGAGAGGCCCUAUGAAUGCAGUGAGUGUGGGAAAACCUUCUCUUGGCACUCAACCCAUCUUAGCCAUCAGAGAAUCUGCAAGGGAGAUCAACUCCAUAAAAACCUCUAGGGCAGUAGUCCCCAACCUUUUUCAUCUGGCAGGUGCCAGACAAUGAGCCACAGAGGACUGUGAUGGCGGACGAGCAUCCGCCGAAAUUCUGCCGACAAGCGGCAAUGUCAAUAGGCGUCACCGCUGACAAGCAGCGUCAUCCAGAGGUGCCGCCGCCGAAAUACCGUCGAAAAUUGGUGGCAUUUCGGCAGCGACGCCUCUGUAUGACAUGGCUUGUUGGCGGCUUUUCGGCAGAUGCUUGUCUGCCGGCCAGUACGCGGGCACCGUGGCUCCCGUAGGCACCGUGUGGGGACCCCUGCUCUAUGGCUAUCAAUACUUUUUCUCUUUAAUAAUUUUCCUGAUUCCCACAUAGUAACUUUUAAAGAUUUUUGAACUGUUUGCUGCACCAUUAUCCCUCAGUUUGUCCAGAUGAGUGGCCCAUUUUUGUCUUUUUGCAGUUUGCCCUGCUUUGAGGUGGACCCAUUUGUCCUGUCUAUCAAUUCGAUUGUCUCAUGAGUAAUUCUAGUGUGCCCUUCCUAUCAGGAAACAGGGAGCAUCACAUUUAUACCAUUCAUCCUAUUGCAAAGUUAUUGUUAGAAUCACCAAUGAUUCAGAUUGUAUCAUUGCCAGUUCUCACGUUGCUCUGGGUUGUGCCGAAGAGCAGUUAUAUUGGGAACUUUUCAAAUUAUAUGUAAAUGAAGAGGAGCAGAGGGAGAAAAAAGUGUUAUUUCAGCCUCUGUGAUACUGGAAGAGUACGGGGUGACUCAGAGAUUCCCUCCUUCCCCAUCACUGCAGAACUGUUACCUUUUGUCUGACCCAUGUAGAGUUUAUCUUCAUCACAUUCUAUUCAUCCACUUCUCAAAGUGUCAUGUGAUGAAGCUUUCUCCAUUGUCUGCACUUGGAGAUGAUGCUUUGACUUCUUUAAUCCUACAUCAGAGUCGCUAUGACUGGAGAUGAAACUGUCAAAGACCUGGAAGGGGAAUUCAAAUCGAUCCCAAACGCCGUGUGAUCAUUUGGAGUUUAAAUCCCAGGUUCCAUCUAUUGAUAAAGCCACUUUGGGCAAGGUGGCUGUUUUGUCCCCCAUUAGGAUACUAAACAUGUUGUAAAUAACAUAACUGACUAUUGAGACAGUGCUGAAUGAAGCAGGUUUGAAUGGAUCAGAGGAUAAUGUGAUGGGAGAAUCUCUUAUCCUGAUUCUGAAUAAUCAGAUGUAACCUGCUCUGGAAUUUCACUUGACACUUCCAUUGUCAUGUAUUCUGUCUCUCUGUGAUGUGGGUUUCUAUCUUUUCUGAAGGCUGUUUGGUCACCCAGUUGGAUAUUAGUUCAGUUUGAUAGGAUGUAGCUCAGAUUUAUUGGAGACUUAAGACAAAUGGCCAUUUGCUAAAGUCGUCAUUUCUCACUUCAGUUUUGCUUUUUCCCCCAUCCCUCUAUUAUGACAUAGAGAAAGUUCAAGUGCAGUUCUGUCAACAGGAGAGAAUUCUCCAAUUUACUUGACAUGCUAACAAAGAAACAGCAGUGAUUUAAAAUCUCCAUUCAGAAAUGGUUAACAACAGCAGAACCCCAACUAACUGAAGGAAGUGCAUAUGAUCACAGUGUAGUUCAGUUGUUGAAGUCAAUGUUGUCUCAGAUGAUCUGGGGACAGAAUUCCAUAUUAGGUGAUUUUGAACUAGGCAAAAUGCCCAUGUAUUUGGUUCGCAAAUGAUGUGUAGCCCAGGCCCUACAAAAGAUCUCUCCUAGCUAAUCCUAUGUUAUGGGGAAUGCUGCCCUUCAUGACACAGAUGUUUAGGAAAUAGAAGUGGGCUUUUUGUUAAAUUUAUCCUUUGUAGGUGUUAAAAAUUUGUAUAAAAUCAGUGUUGGAAAUUUAAUAGCUGCAGAAAAAUAAUUAUUUUUGAAUAGAAUCUCCAGCUCUGGUAACAAACGAAGAUUCUGAUCCAGCCCUGUAUCCUGUCCCUUGCCUGGAACUGUGCCACCCAGUUAAAGACAAGCUGGGUAUGUUUUGGGAAACUGUGCCACCCAGUUAAAGACAAGCUGGGUAUGUUUUCUUCACUAAUACUGCUGAGAUUUUGAGUGGUUUUUUAAAGGUUUCUAUUUCAUAGAAUUGUAAAUUUACCCUAACCAAAGCCAAGGAUUUUGAAAGAACUGGGGUGGAAAGAGUACACACCCAGUUCUUGGUUUCUACCCCAGUAAAGGAAGCUCUGGUGACCAAUGGCCCGAGGGAAAUUGUUGUACAACUCCACUUCUUAGUUCAGUGUCACUGAUUACAGUUCCAAAGAAUACCAAAGUUAGACUGAGAACAAUAACUCUGAGUCUGGACUCAAAAAUCCAGAGGGCAGCUUAGAAAAAAGAUGUUUAAAAAUGCUACUUUUGGGGGGUAAUGUUAUUACUUUCUUGGUUUUUCUGAGACUCUUGGGACAUGUUUUCUGCCUGAACUUGAAGGCUAAAAGUGGACUUUUUAAAAUAAAUAAAUGGGGAGAUUUUUGUAUCCUCAUUGGGCUUCGAGAUUGGGGCCCCGUUGUGUUGGGCACUGCAGAGACCCUGUACAACUCAUAGUGAGAGAGAGAGAGUCCUUGCUGCCAACAGCUCACAGGUGAAAUAGACAAAGUGUGGGAGAGCAGUUCCCAUUUUACAGAUGGGGAAACUGAGUUCCAAAGAUGUGAUGUAAUUUGUCCAUGUUUGCACAGAGAAUAAUGGGGCCAGAUUGGGAACCGAGUCCAAAUUUUCUGAGUCACAGCCUGGCCCUUAAUCACAAGCCAAGUGUUGUUGAUUGCAUGGUAGAGGCCCCAGUGGGAAGUUGCAGAAUCGCCUUCAUUGGAGGAUUUUAAGAAGGGGUUAUACAAACACCUGUCAGGGAUGGUCUAGUGAUACUUUUCCUGACUCUCGGGGUCCCUCCCUGACCCACCUUUCUAUAUGAUUCAAUGGAUCAUCCUAUUUAUAAUGACCAAACUUUUAUCUCUGGAAUUAUCUUUUAAAUGGUUAUUAUCCCCCCUCUUGCCUGGGGUAGAAUGGAAGAGGAGAAAAUCCUCUCUCAACAGAGGAUGCAAAUGUCGGUUUGUUCUCUCUUCAUGUUUUACUGAAGCUCAGAGAGAGAGGAAGAACCAUUACUUACCUAAGAUGGUAGAGAGGACAGAGAGUUUAUUUCAUUUUGGGCUGUGAAUAUAAGCAGAAGAGUGGCUGUCACUACCAUCCAAUGUGGGGUUUUAAUGCAAGACCAUGGGAUUUGAAGUGUUAUGUGCUACCAACUGAGCUAGCCAGGUUUGAGUCUGUUCAGCUGCCCAGUCUCCAUGUAGAAGGAGCCCUGAGAGCAUUUAUUUGCAAGCUGAGGUUCCUUUUCUGACAUUUGCCUUCUUUCCUGGUUUGUUAUGUGUCCAGCGAGCAAACCGGAGCUGUUACAAGCCGAGUUAGAUGCUGCUUUCUAGACCAGAGAUCUGGGGUUGAUUUAACAUGCUGUCACCAUCAGCUGGUCAGAGUAACCAGUGUGGGAGGGUGGAAUUUGGAUUCUCCCACCGGUGGAGGUGUUGUUAGACUCAUCUAGUGGGGGAGAAUCUGAAAAAGCUUCUCAGCUCCCAGAAAUGGGGUAGAGAAGAUGGUUCCCUGCACACCACGCACACAUUUUCACAGGAACUCAGGUCCCCUGGUUAAAAACUCAAAAGAAUCCCGGGUCCAGGAAUGUCAGAGAAGGGAAUCACUGUUUGCCUUAAGAGGUGGGUGAGGGAAACCUGCAGGUACUUAGAUCCCUCCAACAUCUGAUAUAACCAUUUGUGGGGAAGGUCUGGAGAAACUGAGGAAGCCAAGGAGAGGGAAAAAGAGCUUGUAGCUGUUAUGCAAUCACCAUGCUCCCAGCAGAGGGGUCCUGGGGGUUCAGCACUUUGGCUGCUUGUUGAGGACACAGAACUCACAAGAUGGCAAAGCUCAGAGCCCCAUUACAUGGAGUAAGAAUGCAAUCAGCUCACACCAAGGGUGAGCAACACCCCUCCUUUGGUCUCUAUGCCAGAGCUCCUAUCAACUCAGCUUCCUUCCUGGAAAAGCAUCCAGGUAGGCUACAGAGAGGGUUAUGAUGGGGUAAAUUAAGACAGAGGAGGAUUGUUCCACAUGGCUUUCCUUUGUGUUCCUCUGUGAGCCUGCUGGAGUUUGUUUUAGUACCUUGGGUUGGACUCACAUUGUGACCCUGAGCACAGCAGUUCCUGCACUCUCUGCUCUUAGACCCUCAGGGAAUGGACAAAAGAGCAGCUUCAGAAAUUGGACAGAAAGUAGCCUAAGAAAUUGUAGUAUAAGUGAGAAGAAAAUAAACAUUAUCAACUCCCUGGUGGUCUAAUGGUUAGGCUUUGGCACUUUUAUUGCCACAGCCUAGGUUCAAUUCCCCAUCAGGGAAAAGUGACUUUAUAUCAAAGUUAAUUGACAGUUAUGUUUCAGAGUA